CUUGUGACUUUGCCACUUCACAGCUUUGACGUUUGUGUAUCGAUUUAGUUGAUAUUCUCGUUUACAUUAACGUAAGAUUCAAUUUCGUUUACCAAAUGUAGAUAUGAAUAUAUAAUACGGCUUUUGUUACACAAACAGUACGGUGUUUACGAAAAGUCAGCUUGUUGUUUGAGUCGUGCAAGUUUUUACGAGACAGAACGAUAACAGAAGCAUAGUGCGAUUAAAAUGAAGUAACAACAGUAAACGAAAGUUUAUAUUACAAAUAGUGUGAUAUAAAAUAUGAGAAUCAUUGUGACAAUGGAGAAUGAUUAACGAAUGUCUUAAUGAAGUGCAAUAACAGUACAUGGUAUAAAUCAUAAUGAUAAACGUUAAAGCGAUACUUCUAUUUUUACUCAACAUCGUACGCAUCGCAAGGAAACUUAUCGUUAGCGAGUACCAUUAUUAUGUUUAUCAAAUAAGCCUUGAUAAAUCCGAACUCUAGAUAAAAUGUAUUAAAAUUACUUUUCGCCGUAGUAAACUAUGUAUAUUUGCUUCAUUACGAAAUUAUAUUGUACACAAUGAGUUUUAUUUCGUUAUAGUCUUGCAUUACGAAUGUAGCCAAGUAACUUGUUGCAUAUGAACAACAAAUAUGAUUACGCGCGCGAGAUAAUUACUAAUUAUAUAUACAUAAUAGAAAUAUCUACGAUUAAACCGCGGAUUGUGAAUGCCUAUGCAUAUCUUAUGUAUACGUGUGCAUUGUAUACGUUGCGUUGCAACUAUUCAAGAAGUACUCAGCCUAGAGAUAAAAAUAAUUUCAAUUUUCUAAAUAAAGAAUUUAUAUUAGCACAUAUAUAAUUCGUGCAACAUUACUAAUUAAUAGAAUUUCGAAAUCUAUAAUUGUUGGUCGCCUAUCGAUAUUACAUGUUCUCGAAAUAGUUUCACGAGAGAUAAAUGGGUUAAGCAAACAACAACAGUUACAUUGUAUGCGUCUUUUAAAAAUGACGAGACGCUUUAAUAACAACGUUGCUGUGACAGUAGAAUUACUGUCCAUUAGCUCGCCUGUAAAAUAGAAUCAGUAGUAUCAGCCGGGGCAGGAGUGGCGUUCGCUACCACCUCGGAAGCUUUAAAGGAGAUCGCACGCUUUUAUGAAAAGAAAUUGAACAAUUUCAUCAGAUCAAUCCGUGAUCGAGUGCGCGUGUAUCUCGCCACUGUUCAAAAUUAAUUUUCACCAAAAAGUGAACACAGGAGAGAAACUUAUAUCGAAUAGAUCGUAAACUUUUACGCAAUUUCGUAUUUCCAUUGAUACAACUAAGGAAAUGUAAUUUGCAUAAAGAUUCAUUACGCCUAUUAAAUAUCGUAACAACUAUAUUCUUUUACUUUGAAUAUUUUUUAUUACAUGUUUUUGCAUAUUACACAAAUACAUCAAAAUGUUGGACCUAUCGACGAGGAAUCACGUCUACGCUGUACAAGAUCUGCCAGGAAUAGUAGCAAUGGCAAACUGUCAAAGAAGAAAGCUCGUCUUACGCUAUAUUUCAAAUACACGUAUUAAGCUAACGUGAAAGAACAAGAAAACUUUUAACGUCCUCUUUAUUGCCGAUUAAAGAAAGCAGGAUAAGAGAGAAAGAAAUGAAUAGAGAUAAGGAGAGAUAUCGCGCACCUGUACUAAACCAUAUAAGGGUAACGACCAUCAUGGUUGAGCAGUGCACGACAAUAAAUCGCUGAAGACGUAACAACCGAUCUAUGUGAAAUCGACCGGCUCCCGCUGCUUUCACGAAUCCGAUCGAAUGGUAACAAAAAUAAAAAGAAAAAAAAGAAAAGAAUAAGAAAGGAAUGAAAAAUAAAAAGAAACGAAAUUUCAAUGUACGGAUACGUUCAGCGUAAUUACCAUUCUUGAGUGAGAAAAUCGAUGAAUUCUUGCUUCAUCUUUUCCCUCGUCGUGACGCUAUAGAUCCGGUUAAACGAUAUGCAGGAAAGGACGCAAAACGAUAUCUUCGUACAAUAUUGUGCACCAUGUAAUAAAAGCCAGAGAAAAAUACCACGUAAUUUAAUGAGGUCACUUGGAAUCUAAGAUGGCAAAUUUAAAGGAGACUUUAGGUACAGACGAGCUGACCAAUAAAAAAGCUGGCCUUUACCGAGCACUGAUCGCAGAAUUUCUUGGUACGUUGCUGUUGAACUUCUUUGGCUGUGGAUCUGUCGUCACGGGCAAUGUCCUGGCCAUAAGCUUGGCUUUUGGUUUGACUGUAGCCGCAGCGAUUCAAGGAAUAGGACAUAUUUCUGGUGGUCAUGUUAAUCCCGCUGUCACGUUCGGAUUAAUGGUGAUUGGCAAGGUGCCAGUUAUCAGAGGCCUGCUGUACGUAAUACUUCAAUGUAUAGGCGCAAUAGCAGGAUCUGGUAUACUAAAAGCGUUAUCUCCCGAAAGGAUGGAACAUGUUUUAGGCGUAGUAUCUCUUUCACCAGGCGUUACUCCUGUCCAAGGUUUCGGUAUAGAAUUUUUCCUCGCCUUCGCAUUGGUUCUGGUCGUAUGUGGUGCAUGCGAUGCAGCAAAACCAGACAGCAAGGGGAUUGCUCCUCUUAUAAUCGGAUUUACAGUUUCUCUCUGUCAUAUCGUCGGUAUACCAAGAACUGGCGCAGGUAUGAAUCCAGCUCGAUCACUCGGUAGCGCCAUUGUAAUGGAUAUAUAUGAGGAUCACUGGCUGUAUUGGGUUGGUCCAAUCCUUGGUGGUAUGGCAGCUGGAUUGAUCUACGCGUUCGUAAUCGGUCCUGCGAAAGAAUCGAAAAAUUCCAACCGAGUGUACACGGUCGCUGCGACGGACGAGAAGGAGCUACAGAAUCUUACCAGCAAGAGGAAAGAUAACCCCGCUUGACGCUCUAACUAUCGCUAACCAUCGCAUUCUCAAUUGCUGAAUCGUUAUUUAUGUAAUGAUUUAAGUGGGUGAAAUAUGUGAAUUUUAUGCUAUUACAGUUAUUUAAUCAACGUGUAAUCAGCCGAAAAUAUUUAAACAGUUAGAGAACAUAAUACUCAUGAAUGCUGAUCAUAUAGAAAGAGCAAAGUAAUUUGUUUACAAUUUAUGCAAUUCAUCUUAAUAAUCAUAUGUGUGAUGAAUUUAGUUUAUCCGAUAUACAAAUAUGCAUUUGUUCGCUUAUAUUUAAAUACAUACAUGUACUUUACCUGUAACGUUAAGUCGCUCUUUUGUAUCACACAUAUUUUACUGAACGGAGUUGUUGCAAGCCAAAGAUUGAUUCUGCCGAACUGAAAUGUUAUAGUGUCGACAUCUUCUGCCAGUUAGAUGCAACCUAUUUAUUGGAAAUAGUUUAUAAAACACUUAUAAACUGUCGAUAAAUUAUCAAAAAUUAUAUACGAACUAGCCUUUCAUACAUCAUUGAUAUAGAAAAUCAUAUUCGAUGAAUGCCAAUAUAAGUUAAUCUAUGUUAAUUUGUAGUAUUUUAUUUAUCGACAUUGAUAUAUUAUACUUUAGGUUACGACUAUAUAAUUAAUAUUAUAUAUGUAUAAUAGAUGAUCAGAAUAUGUAACAUGCAAUAUCUAAUUUAUAAAUUCUGGUGACAAUGCGUUUUCAAUAUUUAAUCAAUAUUUAUACAUCCUCAUAGGUAAAUGAUCAAUUAAAUAUCAUUCUUCGUAUUCCUAUAUUUUAUAUCUAUUGUAUUUUUUAAAUUUAUAAGAUACAUGUUAUGAAUAACGAUGAUUUUGUUAUAGAUUGCAUAUUAAAGUAUAAUUGGAAUAAUAUAUCACAUAUUUAAUCAUGUUUGGAUAUAUUAAUAAUGAAAUGCAUGCAUAUCUAAGUAUGUGCUAUAACCAAUUGUAUGAAAUAAAAUGUAAAUAUUUUGUAUGAAAGUACAA